CCCGCAACGGCUUGUCCCCCAGCACCAACGAGGACAGGCCUCUAUAUAUAGACUGUGACCCCCACUACUAUAUGUCCCUUCCUAUAUAUAUAGUAGCUUGCAGUCCAACCGCCCAAACGAAGGGACUGCCAACCCCGUCCUUUAGUUAAUCCCACCCACACCGCCGGCCAUGCCACCAUUCUGCAACGACCCCGGCGUCUGGGGCCCCUUCACCACCACCAACCCACCCGACUUUACACCCUGUUUUCGCAAUAUCGUCCUCUCCGCGCUUCCGUUGGCGUUGCUUGCUGUUGGUGCUGUUGUUCUUGGGGAGCCAAGUCCGGGGGUUGAGGGGAAUGGUGAUGGUGUGAGGAGAAGUGUUGUGAGGCUAGCGAAUUGGGCUUGGUUAUUGAAGACGCUGGCAUCGCUCGCCGCCUUCCUGAGCAUCGCCGUCCGGCUCCACUCCGCCACAUCCUCAUCCGAAACCGUGCUAGACUGCAUCUCUCUCGUUUCUAUCCUGCUCGUCAUCUUCGCCCAACGACGUGACCAUCGCCGCGGCGUGCGGGUCAACGCCAUGACCACCACCUUCUGGCUCUGGAAGAUAACGACUGCGGCCGUGUAUCUCCGGUCGCUGGUCCUGCAGUCCGUGACCUCCGGCGUCGAGUUUCACUCCACCGUCGCGAUUAUUGCAUCCUCCACGCUGGUUCUCGCAUUCGACGAGUUCCUUCCCCUCCAGAAAAGCCAUGCAGCCGACUCCAACGCCCGCGACAACGCCGGGGCGUUAAGUUUGCUCACCUGGUCCUACAUCUUCGGAAAGCUGCGAAAAGGCGUGUCGACCACCCUCACCUUCGAAGACGACGUCUGGCCCAUCCCUCCACUCGAAAGCAGCGCGUUCAACGCAGAGCUAUUUGAGCGAUAUUACGACCCUAGGAGAGUGCUCACCACCUGGGGUUUGUUCGCCAUACUGAUGAAAGCACAAUAUCGCCGGUUCUGUACGGCUACGUUUUUGAAAACAGUCGCCGGUCUACUCCUCGUUGUACAGCCUAUCUUGCUAGACUACCUCAUCGAUUUCGUCCAAUCAUGGCAACCAGCCACCGCAUCCGACAGAAGCACCCCACAACCACAACCCCUGUCCACUGGCCUGCUAAUCGUCACCGCCAUGCUCCUCGUCGGCGUCGCCUCCAGCCUUACCGGCGUUUGGGGCAACGACAAACAGUGGAACCUCUACUACCGCUGGAAAACCGCCAUGGUCGCCCUCAUCUUCCGCAAAUCCCUCCAUCUCUCCCCCGACGCGCGCGCAAAGUACGAUUCGGGCGCAAUCAUCAACCUCGUCGACAACGACGCCAUCCAGGUCGGAUUCCUUGGGACCAAUCUCCCGGAGAUCAUCGGCGUCGUCAUCCAGAUCGUCUCGGCUACCGUACUGCUCUGGCAACGCCUGUCCUACGCAACACUGGUCGCGAUGAUCGGCCUCCUCGCCCUCGGCCCGGCGCAAGCGAGAGCGGGCGACAUGAUCGGAAACGCUGCGGAUAAGCAGUACGAAGCCGUCGACACCCGUAUCUCACUCACGUCCGAGGUCAUCAAAGCGAUGCGCGUCAUCAAAUUCUACUGCUGGGAAUCCAUAUUUGUCGACAAGAUCCAGCGUGUGCGGAAGACGGAGUUGGGAUACCUGGCGAAAGGAAGACUCGGCGAAGCGUUUGUGUGCCUGUUGUCGAACUUGUGCCCGAUCUUGAUCCUGGCUGCGUCACUGGCGGGGUAUAUCCUGAUCGCGCCGGAGGAUGCGCCGCUGGAUGCGAACCGGAUUUUUGUCUCGUUGGCGAUUUUCAACCUGCUGAGGGUGCCGUUGACGGAAGUCUCUAUGAGCAUACCCCCCGUCUUCCGCUCCAUCGCCUGCAUGGCCCGCUGCAUCGAGUUUCUCAACUCCCCCUCCGCCACACCCUACAUUCACUCCACGCCCUCCACCUCCCCCGCCGCCAUUAAGGUCACGGACGGCACCUUCACCUGGAGCGCCAGCUCCGCUCCAGCCCUCCCGUCCCUCACCCUCUCCAUCGCACGCAGCUCGCUAGUCGGCGUCGUCGGCAAAGUCGGAUCAGGAAAGUCAUCCAUCUUGUCUGCGCUGUUGGGCGACAUGAUCAAAGUAGCCGGGGAGGUGGAGAUGGGUGGGGAUCUGGUGUACGUGUCGCAGACGCCGUGGUUGUUCAAUGCAAGCGUGAGGGAGAAUAUCCUGUUGGGGAGGGGGUUUGAAGAACGGUGGUAUAAGGAGGUUGUGGAAGCAUGUGCGUUGGCGGAUGAUUUUGCGGCGUUGCCUGCGGGAGAUGCGACGGAGGUUAAAGGGAGAGGGGGGAAUUUGAGCGGAGGACAGAAACAAAGGAUUUCACUCGCCCGCGCCGUAUAUGCCCGCUCCGCCAUCUACCUGAUCGACGACACGCUCUCCGGCGUAGACUCGCACGUCGGGCGACACAUCUUUGAUCGCGUGCUGGGACCCGACGGACUGCUUAAAGACACGACAAGGGUGUUUGUCACCCAUUCCGUGCAAUAUUUGAAUGCGAUGGAUCGGGUGAUUGUGGUGGAUGCGGGGAGAGUUGUUGAGGAUGGGACGUAUGACGGGUUGAUUAGUGAGGGGAGGAAGAUGGCGGAGAUUAUCGCCAUCCAUGAGGAGCAUCAGCAUGCUGAUUCGUCCGCCGCGCCCGGUAAGAACGUCUCCAAUCCCUCCUCCGCUUCCGAGACAUCCGACGCCACCGCCGUCCCGUCAGAAGGAGAGGCCGACAGCACUCUACCCCCCACCGACGCCCCCCCAACCGGCCGCGUCAGCCUGCACCACUUCGCCUUCUACAUCCGCGCCUGCACCUACCCGCUGUUCCUCCUCUUCCUCUUCUCCGUCGCCGCCGCCGAAGCCAUCAACCUCGGCAGCAGGUACUGGCUCAUGCACUGGUCCCUCGCCAACGAGACCACCCCGGGUGUAUCCCAAUGGCCCUACCUCGCCACCUACAUCGCGUGGCUGGCGGCAUACUGUCUCGUCUACGCCUUUGCGUCCAUUUUCUUCCUGUGGUAUAUCAGCCCGCGCGCCGCGGCCGUGAUCCACCACCUGCUGUUGACGCGGGUUGUGAGGAUGCCGAUGGGGUUCUUUGAUACGACGCCGCUGGGGAGGAUUCUGACAAGGUUUCAGGCGAACGUGAGCUCCGUGGAUACACGGUUGCCUGAUGAGGUGUAUGAUGUGAUGUUUGGGCUGGCGAGUGUCGGGGUGAGUUUGGUGCCGGCGGUGGUCAACACGCCAAUGUUGAUUGGGUUUGUGGGGGUUUCGGUCGGCAUCCUCAGCUUCACGCUUAUCUUCUACCUCGGCGCCUCGCUCGCCUACACGCGCAUGAAACUCACCACCGAAGCCGACCACCUGACCCACAUCGACGAAGUCCUCUCCGGUCUCUCGACCAUCAAGGUGUUCAACCGACUCUCCCACGAGACCACCCGCAACGCCUCCCUCUACGACAAUCUCCAACGGGCAUUGCUCAGCUACUACUACACCAACCGGUGGUUCUCGCUCUGGAUCCAACUCAUCUCGUCGCUGCUGACCUUCGCCGCGGCGAUGUUUGCAGUCACGUACCGCAGCUCGCUGUCGGCGGCGAGUAUCGGGCUGUCCAUCUCGACGUUGUUGUCGCUGGGCGCGGAUCUGGCAACUAUCACGAUGCGGUUUGGGAUGUUUCAGAACGAUGUGGUUGCAUUGGAACGGAUCAAUGGGUACGUCCACUUGCCCGUUGAGACCCCCGAUGAGGAUUACGCACCGGUGGAGGCGACGUGGCCGGCGACGGGGGCCGUGUCCUACGUGGACGUGUCGCUACGGUACCGAGCUGGUCUGCCGCUGGUCUUGCGGAACGUCUCGUUUGACAUCAAGAACGGGGAACGGGUCGGGGUGGUGGGUCGCACGGGGGCCGGGAAAUCGUCGCUGAUCCAGUCCCUGCUCCGGCUGGUCGAGCUGGCCGAGAACGACAACACCCCGCUGAACCGCGGGUUCAUCCUUGUCGCCGGCCGGGAUAUCGCUCAGGUGCCCUUGCCGCGGCUCCGGGCGAGCAUGGUCGUCAUCGCGCAGGAGUCGUUCCUGUUCCAGGGUUCCUUGCGCGAGAACCUGGACCCCACCGGCACCGCGCCGGACUCUGCACUCUGGCUGGCCUUGGCCAAGGUCUCGCUGAACACGUACAUCAGCACCUUGGAGGGCAAACUCGACUUUUCGGUGCAACCCAGUGGCGACAACUUAAGCCAGGGCCAGCGGCAACUGCUCUCCCUCGCGCGCGUGCUGAUCACCCACCUCGUCCGCGGGGGCGUCAGGAUCGUCGUCCUGGACGAAGCGACCGCGUCGGUGGAUGUGGAGACGGAUCGGAUCGUGCAGCGGGUGAUCCGGGAGGAGUUUCGCGGCGUCACGGUGGUGACCAUCGCGCAUCGGCUGCAUACGGUGCUGGAUAGUGAUCGCGUGCUGGUGUUGGAGAAAGGGGCGGUGGUGGAGUUUGACGACCCGCGCGUGUUGAUGCGGAGGAGGACCUCGGUGCUGUAUGCGAUGGUGCAUGGCCGGGGGGUUGUUUGAGGGGGUCGUUUGCACCUGCGCUGGUGCCGGACUCCAUCGGGACUUGCAGAUACCUGAUCAGCGGCGUACAUGAGUCUAAUGUCCUUGUGGUUUUGGGACCCAUCAUUCUCGUCAUAGACCUCCAAUAGACUAGUUACAGUUUUGCGUCAUUCAUAAGCAGACAAAUAGAUGGAUGGCUUCCCUCGUUUCGUUCUUUGCAUGGUUUGAGACAAAUGGGACGGCGGGAAAGCUACAGGCCAGCAAUCUGGUGUGAGAUGAAAAAACUUCAACAUUUCUCUUGUAAACAAGCGCGUGAUGUCGCUAACUUGCGGCAGAUGUGCCGACUGG